UUGAUAUUUUAGUCUUUGCUGGAUACUGCUGGACUUAAUGACGUUCAAGCGAAAGCUUACCAGAUUAAGCAAUCUGUGGACUCAAGGAAGUUUAAGCUAGCUACUGAUCAAUUCUCCGAGUUACAAGAGCUUAUUGGAAAUCUUACUCAUUCUGUUGAUUGGUAUAAUAUCCUGAAAAAUGAAGGUCCACAGCAGAAUGUAUCAUCAAUCAAUAAAUUUGCAAAAGAUCACAGAUUACGUAGGUUAUUUUCUCGUCUUAUUCAGCCUUAUCACGGAGAUGCCUUAUCUGAGCUUAUGAACGGAAAAAUCCGACAGAAAUUAAAUGACAUACCAAAAAAUGUUACUUGGGGAGGUCAAUCAAGUGAUGUAUUUGAAGCUUUGGCAGGAGAUUUUAUGAAACCUGUUGUAGAUUCAGUUCUUUCUCUACUUGUGAAUGAGACCUAUAUUGAUGUGAAUGUAUACAAUGGGCAGUUAGAUCUCAUCGUUGAUACAGUUGGAACUUUGAACUGGGUUGAAACAUUACCAUGGCCUGGUUUAAAGGGUUUUAUAAAAGCACCAAAGAAACCCAUGUCAUUUACAGCAGACCGCACUGGUGGUUUUUCUAAAUCAUUCAAACAGUUCAGUUUCUUUUGGAUUUUGAAAGCAGGGCAUAUGAUCCCAGCUGAUGCACCACUGACUGCUUUGGAGAUGUUAGAUAUGAUUAUUUCAAAGAAGAAGUAAUAUCAUACCAAAGAAUUUCUUCUGGUUAUUUAUGUUCCUUUUAUGUUUUUAAGAAAUAUUUUAUAUAAUUUAGAGGACUCUGAUUAGUGGCAUAGUGCUCUGUUUUUUUUUUUUUUUUUUCCUGCAAGUUUACUUUAAUACUUUAACAUAAUUUAAGCAACAUAUAAUAAUAUACUUUAUGACCAAUAUGAAGUAGUUUGGUAUAAUUUCAAAACACACGGCAUCUAGUGUGUUAGUGACUUUAGUUAUUAAUUGGAGUUAAAAAAAAAAAAAAAAAGCUAUUUUAAUGUUUAAAAUAGCUGUUUCUAUCUACUGCCCAGCAUAUGUUAUAAGCAUUGAUUGCUUUUUGGCAUAUGUUUAGGCUAUACAGUGGCAUCUUUUUUUUUAUUCAUUUAUUGUAUUUGUAAAUAGUGCUGUAUGUUAUGUAAUAAAAGUAAUAUUUUAUUUA